AUGGAACCACAAGACACCUUCCUGCGCUCACAGCAGCUUAGUAUCGACCCCACGGCGCGGGUCGUCAUCCGCUACCGCGCCGAGUGUCUCACCGGCCUUGUGCCGUCUCGAGUCAGCGACCACCUCAAGCGCAAGCACGAUAUACCAGCAGAGGUGCGAGGCCAGAUUGGGAAGCUCCUGGGCCAGAGCACGCCAAAAAUACAAGAUCCCGCGUCUACCGGCUGCCACGAAGAGCAGCAGAGGAACCUAGGCGUCAAGCCGGAGGCCAUGUUCAAGCCCGUCUACCUGCAGGCGUGGAUGCGUAACCCGCCAAAGAGACAUUACUGGGUCGUCUGCAAAGACGGGGACGAUACUCGUCCGGUCGACGGCCGGCAGGCGCUCGACCACCUCGAGGGCCUGCGGCUCAGAGAAAACGAGCGCAGCCAGGCCAUGGCGGCUGCCGGGGCAACGGCAACGCUCGGUGGAGACCCGGCAUACCCGGAGGCCCGCCCCUGGCUCGACCGGACGAGGUGGGAGUCGACGUACGGGGAGGUGCACCGGCCGCUCCUGUGGGCGCUGGCGUCGAUGCCACCCAAGGCCACGGCGCAGCGCGCGCUCGUCAUGGGCUGCGCCGGGACGGGAGAAGGCAGGGCGCGACUAGAGCACGAUAUGAUAAGCACGGCCGACGAUGAGUGGAAGAUUGCCGUGAUCGCAAUGGCUGUGGUGAGCAUCUUAGAGAGUCGGGCGAAGUAUUUUUCGGUCCUAAAGCGCUUCGUUGCUAUGGUGUUCCGCGCGUCUCGAAUGCCUACGCGUGCGCGCUGCAGGGCCGCACGUAUCCGGCUAAAAGAGCAAGAGGAUCUUAUCAGCGCCGUGUGGGAGCACGACGUCUGGGCACAGGAUCAUGUGACGUCCGCAUGGUUCUGGGGCCAGGGCCGGGAAGACGAAGCAGACGGCGUGGAAGAGGAGUCUGACGACGACUUAUCUAAGGAGGAAGGCUGGUUGGAGGGCAGCAUAGGCGAUGGCCUGGACGGGGUAUACAGCGAAGACGAAAGCGAUGACGACGCUGAACCAAUCGACGAAGCUCCGACUCCAGCUAAGAUCCGGCUGCACCCGGCCGCCGCCGACAUGCUUGAGCGACUCUUUGGCCUCAUUAUGGCGUUCUGCACGGAAGAGGUCACCGACGGCCGGCCGGCAUCCACUCUGCUUGUCUAUUUCAGCGGUAUUCUAGGAUUUGCUAAGGACUGCGCUAGGUUCCUCCCGGCAAAGUCGUAUACGCCGCACCUUGCUGGGAUGGUGUACGUCCAGCGGCUGCUCUUCCUCGAGUACGCACUUCCUGCCAGGCGGCACGGCGUUCUCGGCAUAGAUCAGCGCCUGCGAACAGAUCAGCUUCCCCGGCUGCAACAGGUCAGGCGGGCUCACAUGGUCGUGGGCGCGCAGUCGCCGUUCGAGGAGAUGAGCUCGCUCAUGGCAUAUGGCAGGGUUGUCGCCAGCUCGGACGCGCCUUCCUUCCUCCUACGCGCUGUGGGGGCAGGAGAGCCUUGGGAGCGGCUGUCUGGAACCUGGUGGCGCCGGGCUUGA